GAACACAAGCUGGAACAUAACCAAAAGUGACAGGUGACAGUCAAAUUGACAGAGUUCUUUUUCAGCCCUACCUGCAUUUUACGUUUCGAUUAAAUAUUUUUCGGAGCUAAAUUUUGCAAAAAUGUCGGGAUAUAUCGCAAGGAAAGGUCCUAUGGUUUUUUCAAACCUUGGAAAAUGGGCCUAUAAUCUAUCUGGAUUUAACCAAUAUGGUCUCCACCGCGAUGAUCUAUUAUAUGAGAAUGAAGAUGUUAAGGAGGCAAUCAGGCGUUUGCCUCGUUCACUCUAUGACGAGCGUAAUUAUCGCAUCGUUAGAGCAUUGAACUUAUCACUCACCAAGACCAUUCUUCCCAAAGAACAAUGGACCAAGUACGAAGAAGAUACCAAAUACUUGGAACCUUACCUCAAGGAAGUCAUCAGGGAACGAGAGGAACGUGAAGAAUGGAUUAAGAAUCAUUAAAUUAGAUUAAAAUAAAAACUACAAGUCCGAUAAAUAAAUUAAAUAACUAACAAUCUA